AUGGCGGUGAACUACAGCGCCAAGGAGGAGGCGGACGGGCACCCCUCGGGCGGCGUCGGCGUGCCGGGCGGCGGCGCGGUGGGCGGCGGCGGCGGGGGCGCCGUGAAGACCCGCAAGCCCGACAACACCGCGUUCAAGCAGCAGCGCCUGCCGGCUUGGCAGCCCAUCCUGACGGCGGGCACGGUGCUGCCGGCCUUCUUCAUCAUCGGCCUCAUCUUCAUCCCCAUCGGCAUCGGCAUCUUCGUCACCUCCAACAACAUCCGCGAGUACGAGAUUGACUAUACAGGAACAGAACCUUCUAGUCCCUGCAACAAAUGCUUAAAUGUGUCCUGGGACAGCACACCCCCUUGUACAUGCACCAUCAAUUUCACACUGGAACAUGCAUUUGAGAGCAAUGUAUUCAUGUAUUAUGGACUUUCCAACUUUUAUCAAAACCACCGUCGUUACGUGAAAUCUCGGGAUGACAGCCAGCUAAAUGGAGACAACAGUUCACUACUUAAUCCAAGUAAGGAAUGUGAGCCUUACCGCACAAACGAGGACAAACCCAUUGCUCCUUGUGGAGCUAUUGCCAACAGUAUGUUUAAUGAUACACUGGAGUUAUACCGCAUCGAUAAUGACACAAGGACUCCGAUUACUUUGAUCAAAAAAGGCAUUGCAUGGUGGACAGAUAAAAAUGUAAAGUUCAGGAAUCCUACAGGAGAUGGAAACAACUUAACUGCACUUUUCCAAGGCACAACAAAACCUGUGAACUGGCCCAAGCCAGUGUAUAUGCUGGACUCAGAGCCUGACAACAACGGCUUUAUCAACGAGGACUUCAUCGUGUGGAUGCGCACAGCUGCUCUGCCAACGUUUCGCAAGCUCUAUCGUCUCAUUGAAAGGAAGAACAACUUUCAGCCUACCUUACAGGCUGGAAAAUACUCUUUGGAUAUUGCAUACAAUUAUCCUGUACACAGUUUUGAUGGACGAAAAAGGAUGAUCCUAAGCACCAUAUCAUGGAUGGGAGGCAAAAAUCCCUUCCUGGGAAUUGCUUACAUCACUGUUGGGUCCAUAUGCUUCUUCUUAGGAGUGGUAUUGCUAUUCAUUCAUCACAAAUAUGGCAAUCGAAACACCAGUGCAGACAUUCCCAAUUAAUCUUGCAUUCUGAAAAUAAGUGUACUGCAUGUGCAUCAGGGCCAGUCCAGAAUGGACCCAGUUUUUGAAAGACAAAUCUCUGCUUCUGUCAUUUCUGAGACUGGGUGCAUAACUUUUACCUAAAGCUCCCCUUUCCCAUACUGUGGAUUAACUCUUGAAAAUGACGGGUAUACAAUUAGCUCUAUUGAUUGUAUCUCUGCCUGUGUCAGAAACAGUUUUUCUGAUGUUUGCCUCUAACUGGGCGGGCCAUAUGAUGCAUAUAGCUCCUGUUCCCUUGAUGCAUCUGCUGCUUGUUCACGUGCUAUGUAAUGUCGGUAUGAUUCAGUACAUUUAGAUUGUGUGGAGAAAGAUGGUUUUAGAUACUGUAAAUUGUUGACUUUCCAGAAUUCAGGUGUCAGUGCUGUUGGAAGAAGUCAAGUCUUAAAUGUUUUCUUCGAUUUACUGUCUUGUGUGCAUGGGCUCCUACCUUUCUUGCUGAGAUUUUAAUAUAUUUAUACAAGUUGUUAAAUAUUUUUCCUGUGUCCUACCCACCUCUAUUAUAUUAAAUCCUUUAAGUGCUCUGUAAACUUCAGCACUCUGGAUUCUUUGUAUAUUUACAAUAUAUGUGCCUGGCCAGUAAAUGAGCAUCCUAUGAAAAUACCAGAAAACCUAUUUGUUAAUUAUCUGCGUGAGAUCCUUCAAAAGAUUGUUCUGAAUUGGGACAUGCUUGUUGCAGAUAUAAUCUUUUUCUAAUUUUCUUUUGCUUUAAGUCAUAUCCAAUCCUAGUUCACUUUUUGCUGGUUUUGCUUUUUAUGAGCAGCACCUAGCAUUAAUCAAGAAGAACUUAAAAGGUUUUUUUCCAUUCAUACAUUGGGGUGAAUUCCUUUUACUGGGGUGAAUUCCUUUUACUCGAGGAGUUUCCUGAUUUUUUUAAAGCAUAUGUGUUCUGAGCAGGCUUUGUUUUAAGGGAAUUGUAUACUUUUUCCUUAUUUGGAGUGAACACCACAUGAAUUUUUUGUGGUGUUUAGGAAGUAAACGAUAGAAGUUCAGAAGUUGAGAUGGCAGUGACAUUUUUCCCUGAAAUGCAGGUUUAGCUUGCUGUGAAACAUAAUUUAAAUAUUGCAGUUAGACACAAUGUGCAGGUUAGUGUCUUAAAUUACAGAAGGAUUCACCUUAGGUUAAUUAAAAGUUAGCUGCAACCUGUAAAAUAUUACUUUUUGGUGACUUUUUUUAGAUGAUGCACAGAAACUCUAAUGUAUAUGGUGGAGAUCACUUUAUAUGCAACUAGCUUGAUAAAGUAUGGAAUAUAUUAAAAGAGACCUAAUAAAUUCUGCAAACCAUUUAAUAAGAGAUUUGGUUUUGUUCUUGAACAUAUAUUUAUUUUAUCUGGAUGAAAAGACAUCAUUAAGUGUAAAUGCAGUUUUAAAUGAGUUGUAUUUCUGGGAUUGAAUAUUUAUUACAAAAAUGCAUGGUCCAAUAGCUUAAUCUACAGGCAACUUUAAACAAAACUUAUUUAUUUAUCACAUAAUCACAUGACUGGUUUUACUUAAUUACUUGUGUAGCCUAAGAUUUUAAAUGUAUAAGUCUGGAUAAACUGUGGAAUGAGGCAGCAUUUCCAGUGUGCUAGCUUUCUGUAACUACAUAUAAUAAUUUAUUUGCAUAGUACAACCUGGCAGAACAGGGCUUUCAAAUAGUACCUUGUAAGAUUUUAUUAACAGUGUUGUAUUCAUGUUGCUAGGGUUACAGAAUAGGGUAUGUACCCUCGAAAACUUGGAGAAUGUGUUAAACUGGCUGUGGAGUAGCUGCUAGUCUAAGAUAGAGUAAAUGAGCAAGGGGAUGUCUCACAAUUACUGGUUAUUAAAAUAUUUUGAUUUUUAAAGUUUGUGUUUGUCACUUGAAAUGCAAAUAUAUUCUGCUUCAUUCAUAAUUCCUAUAUUUUCCAAGUGGGAAAGGCUGCUUUUUGGGCUGUGCUUAAAAUUAAAAAAGAAAUAUUUUUCUCUCUUCA